UCCCCCCGCCUCCCCCCGCCGCAGACGGCUGCGAGCCCGGAUGGUUUGCGAGCGGAGUUGAGGGGGCAAACUUUGAAGCCCAGAUGCCUCUGGGGCUGCGCGGCAGAGCGCGGCUGCUCCUGCAGGCACCUGCCGCCGCCCUCCCCCCGGCGCUCUCGCCCUCCGCGGGGGCGGCCGGCCCCGCUGCCCGCCACCGCCGAGGCGGCGGGCGCUGCGGCCGCGGCUGAGGGCGGGCGGGCGGGCGGCGGGCGCGCCCCCAUGCGGGUCCCGGGCUGGGCAGCGCCGGCGGCAGGCGGGAGCCGGGCGGCGGCCGGGCGGUGCUCUCCCGCCGCCUGAGUGGGCGCGGCGCGGGACGGCGGCGCGGGGUGCCGGGAGCCAUGGGCUAUUGCAGCGGCCGCUGCACGCUGGUGGCCGUGUGCGGCGCGCAGCUGCUGAGGAGAGCAGCUUUGGUGUUCACCUGGCAUCCAGCUGGAGUCAACCCAUCACAGUCCUGUAACAUAUGGAAUAAAAUGGUUUCUGUGCUGGAGAGGCAGAUAUUUGACUUCCUUGGUUAUCAGUGGGCACCCAUCCUCGCAAAUUUUAUACACAUCAUUAUAGUCAUACUUGGCUUAUUUGGAACCAUCCAGUACAGACCUCGUUACAUAACAGGAUAUGCUGUCUGGCUGGUCCUUUGGGUUACAUGGAACGUGUUUGUUAUCUGCUUCUAUUUGGAGGCUGGAGACCUUUCAAAGGAAACAGAUCUCAUUCUGACCUUUAACAUCUCAAUGCACCGUUCCUGGUGGAUGGAGAAUGGGCCAGGCUGCACCGUGACCUCAGUAACCCCAGCACCAGACUGGGCACCAGAGGAUCAUCGUUAUAUCACUGUCUCGGGGUGUUUCCUUGAAUACCAGUACAUAGAAGUGGCUCAUAGUUCUCUUCAGAUCUUCCUUGCACUGGCAGGCUUCAUCUAUGCCUGUUAUGUUGUGAAGUGUAUUACUGAAGAAGAGGACAGCUUUGAUUUCAUAGGUGGAUUUGACUCUUACGGCUAUCAAGGUCCACAGAAGACAUCUCAUUUACAGCUGCAGCCCAUGUAUAUGUCAAAGUAAACAUGGGGACUAUUCAAGGUGGGCUAGAGGACUUGUUCAAAAAUCUUUCAGGAUGGCCUCCUGGUUCUUCAAGGAGAAAAGAAUUCCAAUUUUUGUGUUAAAAAUAAUGUAUAAAAGCUGAUUGAACAGUGAGACAGAAAACGACAGAGACCUUCAGCCUCUCUUUCUAACAGGUACUAAAGGAGAUGCCCCUCCUUGAACCUCCUGCCUCUCAGCACCAGAGGGACACAGCAGAGGCAUUGGUGCCACCUUUUGUCCCUUUCUUUCCCUGGCCACCGGCAACAUGGCCCAUCUGGAUUAAGACAUAAACCCAGCCCACUCAGUGCUGUGGAAGCCUCCUCCAAACUCUGGGCCACGUUGAGUCUCCCCAGUCAACACAACACUGAAAUACCAGGAUGACCUUGCAGCAGAAGUCAAUAGACAGCGCAUUGUUUGCCCUGAAGGCUGUACAGUUCAUACUUGCCUUAACCCAACUGCGUUGCACAUUAGAGAAACUACGUGCAAGCUUUCUGAAGUUAACAUGCUGCUGUUAAUUCUGAACGAUUUCUAAGUCAGUGGUUUUCUUCUGUUUGGUUUUGCUUUGUUUUCAUGUCAGGGAAUAAGGCUCUGUUGCUCCAUGGCUCCAGAGCAACCAAGUAGAAAACUGCCAGCUGUCUGAUAAGUGCUUUACCUUCGGGGCUCCACAGUGGUCAAGAAAUAGUUUAUAAUGACUUAAAAGAAAAAUAAAUAAAGAAAUAAAUGAGACCUUUUGGGGGUCAGGAUGGGGAAAGGGGUAACAGAAACUAAUAAUUGAACCUACUGGAAAUAAGCAGCAGAAACAGUGCUUCUUAAUCCCGCUGGUUUUAUUUAUCUCACUGUAGGUGUUUUAUAGCUAUCUCUAAACAUCUUUUACUAACUACAGAGACAUCUGCAGAUUUCUAUGAACAAAGGCCAACUGAAUAUGUACUAGCUAUGUUUACUCUUUUAUAUCUGAUUUCAACUAAAAAUUCUCUGUAAGCGAGCUUUUUUUUCUAAUUGCACCAUAAGAGAUCCACAUAUUUUAUUUCUCAAUUUUGGUUGAAGAGGGCAGGGAGGGACAAGUUGAGUUGAAGAAAUACUGACGACCUUUUUGUGGUAUAUUUGGGGGAUCUGUUGUGUGUUAGAACGUGUAUUUUAUCUUCCUGUAUUAUUGUGGCUGAAAAAAAACCUCUGUGCUGUUACGUAGUUGGCAACAAGAUGCCUUUGGGAAUUUUGCUAGUAGGUCAAUGUGUAUAUGGAAUACUCUGAACUCCUAGGAACAUAUGUUUUAUUCUACAUCUGAUCUGUACUUUCAAGAACGUAGAUGGUUUCACUAGGAAAACCCAAUAUUUUGCUCAGGUUUUUCAGAAACUUGGAUUGUCAUUGUUUCUUUGCUCAGACCUUGCAUAGACAAACGCACGCACUCACCACACCUGAGGUGACCACGUAGCUUUUUGGGGGCAAGAGGGAAGGUCAGUGUUUGGAAAUGCUCGAGGCACCCCUGGGCAACUCCCUUUUCCCUGCUGGCCAAACCCUUGCUCCAGAGGCCUGUGCACUCUCACCACUCACCCAUCCCUGUACAAGCCAGUGCCCUUUGCUGUGUCUGCAUGGAUGUACAGUGUCACAAGCAACAACUCUGGACAAUGACAGAGGAACAGGCAUUCACCAGUGAAAACAAGAUAUGGGACAUGUUCAGGAACUAUACCUACAUUGAUUCAGUGAGAUUUAUAUAGAUAUAGAUAGAUAUAUAUAUAUAUGUAAGUGUGUGAAGGUGUGUGUAUGUCUAUGAAUAUAAAAUACACAGGACUAACUAUAUUUGGGGGCUGCAUCACCUAGGAAGAUUCUGAUGCAGUGGACCAAGGGUUCCCAUCUCAGAUACUGCUGGGAAUUUCAUGCAUGAAACAUGAAUGUCCCCUAGGCCUGAUCCUGCAAAGCAUUCAUUGCUGAUUUGGAUCUCAACUUCAAAUUUUCAUACUCGAGUACCUAAAAAUAUGAGUUCCUACUGGGUAGAGAUGCUUUUCACCCCCUGGAAACCCCAUGCAACUUCCAAGUGACAGGCUGAAAUUUCCCAUAACUUGCAAAACUAAAAAAGUUCCUACUUUUAUGUAGUAUUAAAUAUAGCACAUGUACAGUAUUAAACACAAUGAAGAGGUUUAAAUGGGAUGAAAAUGUCAUAACAGGUUAUUUUAUCUUUCCCUGUAUACCAGUUAAUCAAAAUGAUAUUUCUAUAAAAAUCAUUUUUUAACGUGAAAAGAAACCAGUUUAGGCACCUAAGCAGCAAUCCAAUUUUCAGAAGAUAAUUUUUCAUACCUUUCAGUGAUUUCCCAUGGAACAGCAGCUACUGGUAGUUAGCAAUUUUAGAAGUCAGACAAUUUAAUGAAGUGUCUACAUGUAGCUUAUAGGCCUGAUUUUAAAUUAGAAAAUUUUGGCCUUAAUUUCUCUGUGUCUUAGUCUUCCCAUCCAUAAUACAGGAAUAAUAUAUGCCUCACAGGCUUUCUGUGAGGUCUGAAUUGUUAAUGUUUGUAAAAUGCUUAGGAAAUAGGAAGCACAUUUAACUACUAUGGAUUGCAAUAUAAAUGUGUAUUCAUAUAUUACAUAUAGAGUAGAUACACACACUCACAUACACACAGUAUAUAUAUAUAUAUAUAUAUAUAUAUACACACAUACAUACCUAUAUGAAGUUGGUAUUCAUAACCUUGCUUAAGUUGCAGUUAGAGCACCACCAUAAAAAAAAAUUAGGACUGUUGACUACUCAACUAAAUGAUUAGUGGACAGAUCUCUUCUGGAAGCAGUUUAGAGCACAGUAAUGUGAGAAUAUCUGGAUGGCAUUUUUGAUUUGUACAGCUGUAUCCUCCUCAAAAUCCAGUAAAGAAUGUUAUUUUUCUAGGCUGGGCUUUUGUUAUAAACUAAAAUAUUCAGAAGGCAAGAGAUACAAUCCAAAUGUGUCCUUUUUUUCAUUUCUUUUUGGCAUUUGUUAAUUCUGAAUGUAUUUUUAACAAAAGUGAUUUUUUUGACUUACUAGUGUAAUUUGCAUUAAAAAAAAUAAAUGGAAAAAAUAUAGGUUUCCAAGCUAUUCAUGGCCCCCUGCUGCUAUUCAGAAUUUACAGGAAACUCAGAAUUACUCUUCCUAGCUGAGCAACAAUGCAGGAUAAAGAAUCCUAUUACAUUUACAUGAUGACAAUCCCAAUCUGCACAGUGCAUGGGUGUGACAGCACUGAAUAGAAAUUGCCGGGUCAUGACACCAUUUUAACGCUGUCAUAUGUACCAGGUAUUUUCAUUAUCACUGACACUAAAAGGUUUCUUUCACAAGGCUGACUGCAACAGACUCUUUACUUAGAAUACAGGGCUGGUUUUGCCCGCUCAUCAGCAAUUUUAAGCCCAUGAUAGGUAUAAAGUUGCCAAUAGUGUUAAGUAUUGCAAAAAUAAUACUUGUUAAGCAGGAACUAUGUAACAUGAAUAUUUCCUCUGCAUUCGUAUUCUUUUAUGUGCUAUUUAUUGUCCCUACACUGAAAUGAUGGAAUCCUGUCUUAGGCAAAAUGUUUAUAGAGCACACAUAUAUUGACAGCUUGCCUGAGGUCAUUUAAUAAAGGUGGAGCAGAAUGACA